AUGAGCCCUCGAGCUGAGCAGGAAGGGCGGGCAGUGUCGGCUGAGGGCCCUGUGGUGGCGCGGGGCUGUGGUGGCUGUGUGGGUGCGCUGUGCUGCCCCUGCGGCCUGCCCGCAUCACGGCCUCUGUGGAAGCGAGGCGUGGUGUCUCUGGUGAUGGAGGCAUACCCGGGAUAAGGGCGUCCUGCAGGAUUCUAACGCAGGAUAAAGCUUGGAACGGAAACAAUAUGUACCAAAUUUGCACCUUUUAAACUGAAAAGAUUUAAGUGAAGAUUGGAAAGGAUCUUGAUGCACCAAGUACAGGAAGGGGAAACAAAUGGAGAGAGAACACAGAUUUCUGAAGAUAGAAGUUUGUUUUGGCUGGAAACACUCUGCAGAAAGGUAGGACCAGACUAACGAUUCUGCUCACUGCUGGGCUUCAAACUCGACUGUCCAGUCCUUUCCACAGUGUCUGUCUUCAGAAUUUGCAAACGUUCAUCUGUGGCAUUCAGAAUAAGUAGAUGCUGAAAAGUUCUAACGUAUUGGGCUUCUUACUGAUCCACGCAUGAGUGAAAGAGAAAUGAGCAUUGAAUGAAUGUGUCAGGUUGGUUCAACUUCAUUUGUAAUCUCAUAGUUCAGCAGAACAGGGAACAUACCUUCCAUGACAUUGAUAGUUCAUUCAUGGUGGCAUUUAAUAACAAUUAUGACUGAUUAUGAUUUAAUUCAGACUUCAAGACUCCGACCUAACAGUUGACAGUCUGCAAUGAUUAUGACCUUUUUUUUUUUUUUUUAUCUCCACCUCUCUAUAUUGCAUGUCUGAAAGCUGGAAACCUCGCUACAUUACCAGGCUCUUGUAAAACUGCUGAAUUGAAAUGCACAUCUUCUAAUAUGUAAUGCUCCUUUAAAGAAGGUACUAAUUACACCAUGCUCUGUGUGUGCGUGGUGAAUAAGAAAAGCAGUGGGCCUAAAGAGCAUCCCUGGGAAACAUUUUCUAGCAGUGGGAAUAUAAAGCACUGGAAGGCUUCCUGAGCUGCUUGUGGAGCCUCCAUUGCUGGAGGCAUUCAAGAACAGGGUAGAGGAGAAAUCUGGCUCAAGAAUGCCCCAGGUACUAUUGAUCCUGUACAGAGACAAAGUGGAGAAGAGUAUUUUAAAAUCUUUACCGGUUAUCUUCUAUAAUAAUUUUGUUUCUUAUGGCCAUACGUAUAUAAGAACCACUGUAAAACACUUAGCAUACUAUUUUGGAGAGUGGAGGUGUUUUUCACUUAUUUUUAGAACUUGACCUUAAGACUGAAAAAUAACUUUUUCCUUCUGACUUUUGUUCUUCGCUUGGCAAGCAUUAGUUAAAAACACAGAGAUGGAAAAUAUUUAAACUUUAAACUAGCAUGAGCUUUUCUUUUUGUUGUUUGUUUGUGUGCUAGUUUCAUUUGUGAUGUCAACUCCAGUCAGGGAAAAAGGUGUAACUAAGCUGGCACUGCACAGAGUGCAAAAAUACUCUUAGGCCCAAGCCCAAGUAAACACUAUCUACUGCUCAAUUUUGUUAAUUUAUUUUUAUCAGUAAUACUUAAAAAAUUCUUAUUCACAAAUCUGGAAGAUGUUUCCCCACCAGAUAAUAACAACAAGUUGAGAUAUAUCAUCCACUUCUUAAUUUUAAACAGGAGCAGGUACCCAGAAUUAAUCACAUCACGACUGAACGCUUUCUGAUCCACUACUGUGUGUUUAAGCUGCAUUAGAGCAACGAUUUAUGGGAUUUCUAGCCCCUUAGAUCUGAAUAUAGAAAGAUGAAGAAUGAGUCCAAGGAAAAUAAGGGUAGGAAUGACCUCAUUUUGUGGAGACACCAUGUCUUGGUCAACUUCAGAAAGCUGUGAAGAAACUAGCUGCAUUUUUCUCUGUGCAGUUAUUUUACCACCAUCAACGAAAAGGUGCCAAAAUCUGUUGCAGAAUAAAGAGAAGUGACUUUGGGUUUCCAGAACAUAAAGAUACACUGAUUGCUGCCUUCAUAUGCAGAAGACAUCAUUUACAAUUAGUGUAAUGUAAAUCUAAUAUGCCUUGGUUCAUUUCAUUUCGAAUAAGUGAUCAGUAAGCCCUGUUUUGUCACCAUACUGUCCCACACUAAUUGUUGCUGAGGGAAAUGGAUGUCGUUUCUCAGCAGUGAAUAUUCCUGACGUCACUGAGUUUGAGAACUUGCAGAACUGUACAUACAGUUUUCGUCUUGUGCCGUAACACAUCAGCAGAGUCAUGUAGAAGUAACAUGCUUCAUGUGUUCAGUUUACUCUCCAGCCUCCACUAAUAAAUUAAUUAUUAGUGACUUUUGGAAGGGAAAGCAGAUGGUGACGAGCUUGCAGAUUGUCCAUGUCACCAAAGUUCCCUCUUUCACUUUCCUGUGAAGAGAUCCAGCAUCACUGCUGGUAGCUCCUUCAUGUUUUAAAUCCUUUGACUUGCAACUUGUCCAUACAAGGUGUUUGGAAGAGUGAGGUUCUCUUCUUACCAUUUUUCUUUCACAGUGACUUGAAGAGUUUGGGAGCUUCCUUCUUUUUCUGCCAAUUAUUUGAAUUUCUUCAGUUCAUAGUAAAACCAAAGAAAAUAAUCUAACUUCUCUGCGUUCUGGUUUUGAUGAGUUAGUUUGAAUGCUAAAUAAUAGGCAUAAUUUAAAAUUUUACAUGUAACAUGAUCACCAGUUUAUAGUAUUGCAACAGGGUUUGUGAUUCUGAGCAGCUGAAAGUGUUCAGAAAAAGGCUGAGCUCUGUGCAGAAGAAUCAUGGCUCCUCUUGACAGUCUCCCACAGCUCUUCCUAGACACAAAUACUACUCCCUUGCUGGCUGGGGGUCACAUUGUUUUACAAGCCAAAUUCAUAUGGCCUCAAAAAUGGUUGUUUCUAGGCAGUCCACUCUCUCUUCUGAUACACUGGUUUCCUUUCUUUGGCCUCUGAAGGCUUAGAAACACAGAAGUAUCCAGUUAUCUAGAUAAUGGGCUUUCAAGCAACGUUUUUAUUAGGUGUCUGAGUUUAAGGUUUUUUGUAUGUCAGUUUGUUUGGUUCUGUGUCAUGGUACCAUCGAGUAAUACUUCACUCGGAUAGCAGAAAAUGUAUUCAUAUUUUAUUUGCCUUGUAUUGAAUGGUUCCUUUUUUCUUUCCACUUACCACAAGAAACAAACCUGCAUGGUUGAUUAUUACCCUUUGGUUCACAACAAGAAGUCACUUGCUGUGCAUAACAUGAGGUGGCAUGCUCCUGACAAGCAGAAUCGUACAAACACCACCUAGGUAACACUGGCAAACUAACUUAAUGUUUAGUAUAGAUUUAUGUGGUGUGAGAAAAUGUAAAAUCUGUCUGCUGCAGCAUUCCUGUACUAUAAAACUAGCACUUGUUUGCAUACUGUGUUGAACGUGCAUGCUCAUUAGUGCCUACAGGCCUACACACCGUUACCUUCAAGAAUUGUGCGUAGCCACAGGGAUGGGAAGUUUUUCCUGAAUAUGGGAGGUCUGAGGCCAAAAUGAGGACAAAAACCUUCUGUAAAUAUCCAAAUAUUCUGCUUCUAUAACACUUUAAAGACUGAACUACUGUUUUCUGGGGCUUUACUGUCUGUGGCAUCCCCAAGGAUUUUGGAUGAUCAACAUGCUAAUAGAUUUCCUAAUCAAACAGUGGGAACGUGUGAUCAAGACUUUCACUGGUCUUCAGACUAACCUCUUUUACAGCUCAUGGUUUAACUUGCAGUUUCCUUCAUGUAGUAGCUUUAAGAUUUUUGGGGGGCGAAUUUUCUUUGGCUGCUCUGGAUGGAUUUCUCAAUCUGCUCUGUGUCCUCUGAUGGAAAGUGCUGGACUGAGACUCAUUCUUUCACAGACAAGAAGCAGCACAGUCUCCCCUCCUUUCAUGCUGUCACCUCUGCACUGCAUCCUUCCUUUAGACAAGCCUGGGGACGGGGGGGGGGGAAUGAGAACACCAGCCUCUAAGGACUGGUCCAUUUGCCAGAUCCCUUACUGAAAAUGGUGUGAUAGCCCCUCUUUGGAGCUGGAAGAUGACUCAAUAAUUCUACCCCAAAUGUGAGUGGUAAAACUGCCUUGGGGUGUUUCGAGAGCCUUUUCUGAAACUCCACUGGGGUCCAGAUGUCUCAUAGCUUUUGUGAUCUUGUGAAUAGUUUCAGAAGGAAAAUCUGUGAGGGAUAGGGAUAUGAAUCAUCUGUCUAUCCCGCGUCCAUGAAGAAGAAAUAAAAACCCUGAUCCAAAAAAAAUCCAUUUAAUUCUGGAAUUUUCUGACCUAUUUUGGUGCAAGCCGAUCUAAAAAAAAAAAUUAAACUACUCUCCUGAUGAGUUUCUCAUAUUGUUUACUUUUGUAACGUUCUCUGUGGACUAGCAGCCAGAAAUGACGUCCACCCGUCGUCCAGCAUCAGAGAAUAAGAACUUCAGAGGAAGGAAUGCAACUUCAUAAAUAGGAAACCACAGAUACUAAUGGGGAGCAGAGGCAAACCUGCAGGUUAAAAAGUAGUUGCAAGAGAAGCCCAUACAUCCACACCGCGUGGAGAUUCAAAGAUGAAUUCAGCUCUAGCCUUUGUUUUUCUCCUCUGCCUCUCUUGUCCUUUUUCAUCAUGUCAGCAGAGGAGAGCAGGUAAGAAAUUCUAAUUUUCUCUAUAUUUUCUGGAUUCCUGUGUUUUCUAGACUGCUCUGAAUAUUCCGUUUUGCAGCAGGGAAUGAGGAAGAAGAUAACAUUUCAGCUACGUCUGCUGAAGCCUGAAAGCAGCGUUCAGGGAUUUUGUAGUCUUGUAUGAAAAUCGAAGCCAAACUGUUAAUGUUCAGUCUUAGAUUUUCCCCCACUUUCCCACCUGAUUAGUGAUGUAUUUUAUUUAUUUCAGGGGAAAUGGAAAUGUUGUGUUCUAUAAUGACCUACAGGAGACGAUUUAUAUUAAUCUGCAUUUUGCAUGUGAUAAAGAAAUUAGCUCAUGCAGGAUGUCCUGUAGCAGGAGCCUUGGAUAUCCUCUCUGCUUAUGCACCUAGAGCUUAGAGCAGCCCUAACUUCUAGGAACUUAGCCAUGCUUAGUUCAGCUUAGUUCAUUACAGAAGUUCCACUUCUCUGAACAGCCUGAUAGGGAACAUUCAGCCUCAAGGACUGUGUACCAAGAGAUUCAAAUGUGUGCCUGUGGAAACAGAAUGAGCCCUUAGAGAAAGAUGCAUAGUAAAAGAAAUGUCUGCAAGUGCAGAUUUAGUUUGGGAAUCACUCCUGAGUGAUUGACUCAUUACUGUGAAUUUGAAGCUUAAAACAAAUGAAAAAAAAAACCCACUUAUUUUGAGACAUAUCUUGCUAUUAGGAAUGGAGAAUUCUUCCAUAACAGAAAUAAGAAACCUGAAGCCUUGAUACAGAGCUUAUUCAGAACUCCUUUUUGAAGUUCAAAUUAUGUGCAAGCUCCUUGUUUUCAAUAAGAUAAGAAAUGUCAUUUUCAUUUACUCUUUCUAUCUUAGAAUUUGUGGUACUUCCAAUUCAGAUCCCAAACCAAAACGUAUUGGAGAGGUUACAACUAUUCAUCAAGUCCUCUUGGUUCUGUGCAGGGAAAACCCACGAGGCUUUCAGGUUCAUUUGUCACCUGAGUUGUACUCAGCAGCACGGGCUGACACGCUGCCUCUGGUGCUGGCACAUCCUUCAUGCCUGGAGGAAGCAGACCCCCAACUCCAGCUAAUUUUCCCCUGCUCAUUUGCCUUCUGCUCAGUAGAAGACGCUGCUAUUCCUGUCUUCAUAAAGGUUUGCUUACACUGUAGGCAAGGUGUGACGUCUGUUAAAAGAUUAAUUAAUCUAGGAAAGCCUUGAAAAACGAGGCUGUACUUUCUCAUGGCAGUCAGGAGAAUACCAGAGUUGAACUUUCUGUCCAGUUGUUUUUAAAUUAUUCAUAUUUUCGUAUAUAUUUUUAGAAACAGUAAGCUACUUCCAUUCAUUCUUUUAGAGCAAAGCUGAAGAGCGUAGACUAGAUUUUUAGCAUGCCUCAGGAGAUUAGGCAAGUCUAGAAUGUACCACAUGAGAAGGAAAAGUCAUGCAUGGAUGCAGAUGUACCUUUUGUGUCCCAAAGCAACUGCAAAGCAGUUUGAAACUGCCACUACCCAAAAUGAACCCAGCUUCAUGCAGCAAGUCUGACCCUCGAGAACAGGCUAUGCAGCAGCUGAGGUGCUGGUUUUCCACGUUCAGUCCUUGGCAGCACAUUUGGGAUAGACUCGGCAAAGAGCUUUGAUUUACCUGUGCCUUUCAUAGUAACUUUCACAGCACUGAAUUAUUUAUUUGCUUCUUUUGGCAGCAGAGGCUUCCAACGUGUGAACUGCUCAGCCUGUGCCAGAUUAACAGCUACCACAACUGCCAGGCUGCCAGGACAAUUUGUUUGCUGAGAGGAGUUGAAGUUGGGCCUGAAAUGCUGGAAGAGAUGAGACAAACUAACCGUGUGUUAAUGGAAGUUCGAGACUUGUUGAAACAGCAGAUUAAGGAGAUAACAUUCCUGAAGAACACAGUAAUGGAGUGUGAUGCCUGUGGCAUACACACUGAAGCCACAGGCCCUGUCAUCACUGUGACGCAGUUUAACAGAUGCGUCCCCAACCCCUGCUUCCCUGGAGUGGCGUGCACUGAGACCAGCACUGGCUUCCGCUGCGGACCGUGUCCCCCAGGCUAUUCAGGGAAUGGGUCCCAGUGCACAGAUAUCAAUGAGUGCACUGCAAACCCCUGCUUCCCAAAGGUCCAGUGCAUUAACACUGCUCCUGGCUUCCGCUGUGAUCCCUGCCCUCCUGGCUUCACCGGGCAAAUGGUCGAAGGGGUUGGACUAGCAUAUGCCAGGGCCAACAAACAGGUUUGCACUGACAUCAAUGAAUGUGAGACAGGUGCUGCCAGAAAUUGUGUCCCAAAUUCUAUCUGUAUCAAUACACGGGGAUCCUACAAGUGCGGAGCUUGUAAACCUGGCUUUGUUGGGGAUCAAAUCACCGGCUGCAAGAGCCAGACAGCGAGACUCUGCCCUAACGGUGAAGUCAGCCCAUGCCAUGAGAAAGCUCAGUGCAUCGUGGAGCGGGAUGGGUCCAUCUCCUGUGCGUGCCUUGUGGGGUGGGCAGGGAACGGCUACAUCUGUGGGAAGGAUACAGACAUUGACGGAGUCCCUGAUGAGAAGCUGCGCUGCUCUGACAAGAAGUGCCGCAAGGAUAACUGCAUGACUGUCCCCAACUCUGGCCAGGAGGAUGCAGACAGGGAUGGCAUCGGAGAUGCUUGUGAUGAUGAUGCUGAUGGAGAUGGAAUAUUAAAUGCUGAGGACAACUGCGUGUACACACGCAAUGCAGACCAGCGCAAUGUGGACAAGGAUAACUUUGGUGAUGCUUGUGACAACUGUCGCCAAGUGAAGAACGAUGACCAACGGGACAUUGAUGGUGAUGGGAAAGGAGACGAGUGUGACGAUGACAUAGAUGGGGAUGGGAUCAAAAAUCCAACGGACAACUGUAAAAGAGUUCCUAACCCUGAUCAGAAAGAUAGCGAUGGUGAUGGAGUAGGAGAUAUGUGCGACAGCUGCCCAACAGUCAGUAACCCAGACCAGAAAGAUACUGAUCAUGAUCUAGUGGGAGAUGUCUGUGACACCAACCAGGACAGUGAUGGCGAUGGCCACCAAGAUACACGAGAUAACUGCCCAUCAGUGCCUAACAGCUCCCAGCUGGACACAGACAAUGAUGGGCUAGGAGACGAAUGUGAUGAUGAUGAUGACAACGACGGGAUUCCAGAUGAGAAACCUCCAGGCCCUGACAACUGUCGGCUUGUCCCUAACCCUGGCCAAGAAGAUUCGGACGGUGAUGGUGUAGGAAAUCUUUGUGAAGAUGACUUUGACAGAGACAUGGUGAUUGACAGAAUUGAUGUGUGCCCAGAGAAUGCAGAAGUGACGCUAACAGACUUCAGGGCCUUCCAGACAGUUGUACUGGACCCUGAGGGUGAUGCGCAGAUUGACCCCAACUGGAUCGUCCUUAACCAGGGCAUGGAAAUUGUCCAAACCAUGAACAGUGAUCCUGGCUUGGCUGUAGGUUAUACAGCAUUCAAUGGAGUGGAUUUUGAGGGCACAUUCCAUGUCAACACUGCCACAGAUGAUGAUUACGCUGGCUUCAUAUUUGGCUACCAGGACAGUUCCAGCUUUUAUGUGGUCAUGUGGAAGCAGAUGGAACAGACAUACUGGCAGGCAAACCCCUUCCGAGCAGUCGCAGAACCUGGUAUUCAACUGAAGGCAGUGAAGUCCAAAACAGGCCCAGGUGAGUAUCUCCGCAAUUCUCUCUGGCACACUGGGGACACCACAGACCAAGUCAAGCUGCUGUGGAAGGACCCUCGCAACUCUGGCUGGAAGGACAAGACAUCUUACCGCUGGUUCCUGCAACAUCGGCCUCAAGUUGGAUACAUCAGAGCUCGCUUCUAUGAAGGCCCCGAACUUGUGGCAGACACUGGAGUUGUCCUUGAUACAACUAUGAGAGGAGGGCGCCUGGGAGUCUUCUGCUUCUCCCAAGAGAACAUUAUUUGGUCAAACCUGCGUUAUCGCUGCAAUGAUACUAUUCCAGAAGACUAUGAAACAUUUAAAGUUCAGCAAGACUAACCUGAGUUUUAAAUGUCCAACAAAAUUUGCUUAUAAAAAAGUGCUCAGCUGCCCCACUGUUGCCUCUGGUAUACUGUAUAAAGAACUGUAAGUAAUAUACCACUGCACUCUGCACAGCACCAAGUGUCACUGCACUAUCUGGCAUGUUUUCUACAACAGCAACUUUUCUGUAAAUGCUACAAAAUCCUCUUGGAACAGCAGAAGCAUAGACAUCAAGUGUGCAUAGAAGCCUGUGCCACUGUUCUCUACACUACACGGAGAAAGAUGUGCUGAGAAGCUACUGCAGUAGCUGAAUUGUUUGAGUACGAUUAGCGUGGAUGAUUCCCAGGACUUUUUCCCCUACUCAAAGGCUCUCAAAUGUAAAUGUUAUCUUUUUCAAGACCUACCACAAAGCAAACCCAGCACAAGUCUGAAAAGGACACAGAAAGCAGCCUAUGUCCAAGUUGCUCACAAAGUAUUAAAAAAAAAUAAAAAGCACUUUAGGGAGAGUAUCUUUGUUCUGGAAUGUUGGAUAAUAAAUACUCUAAUAGACUUCU